AGGAGAUUUUUAUCAGCUGAUUUCUCUAUUGAUGAGAUGACGGAUUUGCUGCAUCUGGCGUCUGACGCGGAGAGGAACCUCUUGCCCACGCUGUCGGGGCUCAGCAGAAACGAUAUCAACAGCAUUUGGGGUUACGUUGCGGAGUACAUAGAACAUCAAAUGACUUCACAGAAGGGUGUCCACGUGGCCGGCCUGGGCACCUUCUCUUUCUCCCAGCUACAGCUGGACCUGGGAAACAAGAUGGCGGUGAUCCAGAGACCCAUCUUCCUCCUGGCUGAGAAGCUGGUCCAGACCCAGAACCUGAGGCAUAAGAGACCCCUGGCCACAGCAACACACAUCGCCGUGGUGGCGCUGAACUACGCGGCCGUCUCGCAGGUCGGCCCGUUUGAGCGGGAGGUGGUGGAGGGGUGUGUCCGCGAGACCCUCCUCCUUCUCCCCCGAGCGCUGGCCUCGGGAGGUCCCGCCCACCUCGCCCUGCAGGGGGUCGGCACGCUGUCAAUCAGGAACCACAAGGUGAGGCCUGACCGACGGUGUCUUCUAGGACCUUAACGCAUCUUUGACAUUACAGCGUUUCUAGAGUCCCUG